GAAACAUCACUCGAGCAGCUGACACCGCCGGGCUCAGUUUGUUACGAGGCGGUGCGGGGAUUCACACUUUCUUGGACGCUCGGGGACGCGCAUGUGGACCGGAGGGUGACCCGGGCACCGUCACGCUUUGCGCUCUCCGCUGUGCAUUUCGGUCAAUCUCGCGCUGGGAAUAUUCUCACAGUGGAGGACGGUUUGCCAAUUUUGACACCAUGACAGACGCAAAGUGCCUUCUAAAAACACCAAGUAACUUCCAAUCAUCUGCUAUGUUUGAAGACUCGGAGUCUAUUGAGGUAGAUGGAAGCAGCACAGAGAGCACAGUGGCCUCCACCAUUAGUGCUUGUAAGAAGGUUCUGUGCGGUAACAGUGUGCUGGACUCGUCAGACUAUUGGCUGAGGAAUGACAAAGCUCUGUGCAGACUGGGUUUGCUGGACGACAACACUGAGGGCAGCUGCACCAUGAUGUGUUUUGUAAAUCUGGACCCUCAGAAAACAGACUGUGGAGAUGAUAAAAUUAUUAAGAAAUUGGCACUGGUGUCUCCAGACCUGCCAAAGCUUGUUGAAUUACUAAGUGCUCACCAGCCCAAAGAAAAUGAAAUCCUCUUUCUCAAUGGCCUUGAGGGAUCCAAUACUUUUCAAACACGUCCAACAGCUCCUUCUCAGCAGCAGAAAAGUACUGGUGUGUGCCUGCUUCAGCGUUCAAGACAGAAGCGCUUUAUCCAACCAAGCAGUAUUAUCUUUGAGAUCAACAAGUUCCUUGCAGGUUUCCAGUGGGGAAAAGAAAGACAGCUUCAUCAAGGACAAAUAAGACAACGGGUUGAGGAUGACACCAAUCGGUCAGUUUCAUCUAUCGAGGAAGAUUUCCUGACAGCUUCAGAACACAUGGGAGAUGACAGUGAGGAUGACGGAUUUAGAAAUGAGGCAGAAGCUGGUGGACGAGCAGAGAGCUCGGUAGAGGUUGCACAGAAACACAAUGCUAAUGUCCUGGGUCAGAGGACACAGCUGGCUCAUCAUCAGAGCAAGGAUGAUGCAGAAGUGAAAAGGGAAGCACAUCAGCAGGUCAGCCGGCACACAAAGGAAUCAGCCGGUCACUACGCUACCAAUCUGGCAGAGUCGGUACUACAAGAUGCCUUCAUACGCCUUUCUCAAGAUGAAACCUCCUUCAUCUCUGAGGCUGCAGUCAGUGUAUCACACUCACGGUGUCACUCCGAGACCACACACGUGCAAAGAAAACGGCCUUCCCAACAGCAUACCUGCUCCUUUGAACUCCCUAAAAUUGUCAUAGUUCAAAGUCCAGACAGUGCAGAUGGAACUGCAGAGUGGCCAGAGACUCAGGGGUCAAAUGUGUCUGACCAGGAUAUUACCACAAAAGACAUUCAGAUGCCAGAAAAGAAAGGUCAUAAUCCUCACCGCAAUGGAGGGCUUCCAUCUAAACCUGUCGAGGUGGCUUUGGCCUGCGCUGCCAAUGUUAUUGGCACCAUAACUUCCCCACAGCUAGCAGCACAUCUCACCAAGGAUUCAACUUCAGAAGAAGACACAGAAGAGGAGCUAGAGAAACCAGAGGAGAAAGGCGACUACUCUUUUUCCUCAGCCAUGUGUGGUAUGGCUCAGGUUGCCGGUGCUGUUGCAGCGUUGGAGCUUACAGAGACGCCCGGCGAGGUUGAAAAUAGUGACACGGAUUUAAAUGCAGCCUACAAAACAUCACAGGGUUUAAUAUCUGCUGCCCAAACAUCUGCGGCCUUCACGCUACAUUGCAGUGUUGCAGAAGGUACCAGUGUCGAAGCAUUCCGUGCAAACAUUGCUGAAGUACUUCAUAGGGAAGCAGCUGAGGUGUUGACUUAUCCACAUGGCUACCGGAGUGUAGCUGACCUCUUGGAGUCCACACAUAACAAGAUAGUUGAUGGCAUUACAUGCCCGAAAAAAUCCUACACCGAAGAAAGAGAAGUGGGAGAAUUAAUCGACGAGGUGGCCGACAGUCUUUUUAAGCAUGCUUUGGAAAAAGCCCAGAAGAAAAAAGAACUGGAGGGGACUGGGAAAGAUGCACCAAGCCUCCAGGUUCUUCUGCAGGACAGCGUAAACAAUUUGCUCUUUGAGAUUCUUUGCCAGGCACAAAAAAAGAUUAGUCACAUUUCAAGAAGUGAUCAAGGGACUUUUGAGACACAGGACCUUGAUACUAGUUGCAAGCAGCAUGUUCCCACAAAAGGAAGCGAUGAUCCAUUAAGUCAAUUACAGGGUUCAGUAAGUUAUAAGCAAUCAACUAACAAUGACAAACAUGGUAUGUUUCAAAGCACAGAUAGACUUCCCAUGGUUCCUGGAAUUAGCACAAAUAUACUUGAAGAAAGUGAUGUCAAUGCAUCUCUCUUUACAGUUUACAACAAAGAGCAACCCCAGCACUCGUGCUGUGUACAAAUUCAAUCCAAGUCUAACGUACAUAUAAAAGACUACUCUGGUCACCAGGACACAACUGCUGUCAGAGUUCCCUUGAGUGAAAUCCCCGUUCAUUGCACAGAGAGGCGGGGUCGAUUUAUGACAGGAAAUGACAGCAGACAGUCUUCUCUCACCCCGCAGUCGUCACUCAACUCUUGCACUUCAUUCUUCUCCUGGAGAAUGGACUCAGAGAGCAGGACACCAAUUACCUGCUUUGCCGAUGAUUUGGCUGCUACAGUGGUGUCUAUGGCCACGGAACUAGCUGCCAUAUGUCUUGAAAAUUCUACCGGGAAGCAGCCCUGGUUCUGUGCCCUCAAGGGUACAUCUCCAGAGGGCCCAGAGGCUUUCUUGAUCCCCGCUUGUCGAACGGUACUCAGAAGGAAAGAGGGUCAGAACAACAGUGUGUCCUCCAAGAAACAUCGAGCACCACGUCUGAGUGAGAUAAAAAAGAAAACAGAGGAGCAACCAGAGUUGAUGGAGCGCCUGGUGAACCGAGUGGUAGACGAGUCGGUCAACCCUGAUGAACCACAGGACCCGUUUGCCCUUUUUGCCUCGGAAGUCACGGCCAGGAUCAUGAACUGCCCUGAGCUGAAUGUGGUGGACACUUCCAAAACAGGCCAGCCACGUAGCAGAUUGCAGUGUGAGAGGUGGAGUCGUGGAAAAGCCUCUAGUUAUGAAAGCAUUCCAGAGGAAGAUGCAGACCCCUCGGGUACACUAAAUACCCUGGGCCCUGGUAGUCGUCUCGGCCAGAACCUGAGUCGUGGUAGCUCUGUUUCCAAACAGUCAAGUUGUGAGAGCAUCACAGAUGAAUUUUCACGGUUCAUGGUAAACCAGAUGGAGACUGAGGGCAGAGGCUUUGACCUUCUCCUAGACUACUAUGCAGGGAAAAAUGCCAGCAGCAUUCUGGCUGCAGCUGUGCAACAGGCGGCAUCCAAGAAAAAUGGUCACCUUAACGUCAGAACUACAUCCUGCCUAUCCAAACAGUCUAGCACUGAGAGCAUCACGGAGGAGUUCUACAGGUUUAUGCUCCGGGACAUGGAUAAGGAAAACAAAGACCACGCCAUGGCAAAGACUAAAGAGUGGAGCAACAGCUUGUUCCCACCAUCUGCCCGGACUCCCUUUUGCAUACGACAAUCGUCAGUACCAGACAGGCGAUCGUCAGAUUCAAGACUGACCGUCAGCUCACCCAUUAAAGCCAAUUCAUUUGAUGGCUUUGCCAGAAACGUGCAUGGAGAUACAUUAAAUAUAUGCCCAACCAACUCAGUGGCAGCAACGGGACUGUGCAAGUCAGACUCGUGUCUCUAUCAAAGAGGCAAGACCGACCAGAUCACUGAUAUGCUGAUCCACGAUACUUGGUCCAGUUCUAUUGAGUCUUUGAUGCGGAAGAACAAGAUCAUUGUUGAGCCAGAGGACAGUAUUGAGCUGGAGGCUGCAGGAGACUGCCAGCCCCAAGUACAGCAGUUUGCAAACCGUCUGGCAGCUGACAUUGUAGAAAUUGGCAAAUCAUGUGUUGGAGAUCAGCAAGAGGGCCCAAAUGGGCCAAACUCACAAACGCACAUGCCAGUUGGUGAGAGAAGGAGGGGAUUCAAACAAUCUCAUUUAAACUGUAGUCGGGGUAGGUCGAGUCAAGAACAAACGGGGGUUAUAUCAGGUGCAGGUAACAGCGGUACACCCCGUUUAAGAGCCCCCAGGGAUGUACCAGUGAUCCACAUUGAGGGGGAUACCCACGAAAAGACAGAUGGACCUCCGGAACGACCACCAGAGAUGCCAGGUACCAAGCGUAUGGAGAAGAUUACAGCCAACGGAAAUAGCAGUGAAAGGGACAGGUCAGCUGUGGUUGCGGCCAAAGUAGAGAAGAGGGACAAGCGUUCAAUGAGCGCUAGCAGUGAAGAGAGCAUGGGAAGCUGGUCCCACAUAAACACGGAGGAUGAGACCAGUAGUUUUAUCCAACUGAGCGAGGGGUCAGUAACUGCCGUUUCCCGAUAAAUGCUGAUGAAGCUGCUGCUCCCACCGUCACCUCACUGUCAUUGGCCCAUCGCUGCUGACUCCUGUUCUCUCUCUUGUGCCAAUCCUAAAUUUAUUUCCCCCCCCGCUUUAUGCUGCUUUUGCUGAUUUCAUGCCAGCUUGCUCGGACAACGAGUUUCACAAAGGCCCCGGUACAAGGCGUGACCAACCUUCACCAGUGCUCAGCUCUCGUCAUUGGAGAACGUACAGUAUGACUUCUCAAAGCAAAAACCUCUUGCUUGAUGGCAAAUUGAGAGGUCACUGAUCGUCCUUGGCUUUCUGUGUUCCGUGGGAAAUCUUUCUAUUGUGAAACGCACCAUCAUACCAUCAGCAUUUUGAAAUUAACACCUCAUCCCCAAACCAUGAGACACAAUGGCAUGGUUACCAGCACCGGGCUCAUCCAUCAAUUCCACGCCAAGUACUUCCGAAUCUCAUUUUCAGACAGGCUUGUCGUGAUUCAAAUAUCACCAGCUCUGCAGUCGCCAAACAUGAGUGUUAGAUUCUACCACAACUGCAAUGUGAUUUGACCAACUGCGGAUCAUCAACAGUGAUAAGGCAGAAUGCGUAGAACUAAAAUCUAAAUGCUGUCCUUUUUUUU